AUCAAAAUAUAAGCGCUGUUCUACCGCAGCAGGCUGUACCACGGGUUUCUCCAUCGUUUCCAAUUUUCUGUUAGCGGUAGUGUGGAACAUCUACCAAAAUUCCUUCAAAUAUUAUAUUAAUUAAUAUUCCGUUUGAUUGAGAAUUUUCAGUAUUUUUAAUUAAUUUUAUCAAUUCAUAAUGGCUAAAUGGGGUGAAGGAGAUCCGCGAUGGAUUGUUGAAGAACGCCCAGACGCCACUAACGUAAACAACUGGCAUUGGACAGAAAAAAAUGCAUGCCAAUGGUCAAAAGACAAACUUAAUGCCUUAUUAGUUGGUAUGAUAUUAGAAAAUGAUGUAGCUAAAUGUGAGAUUUCAAAGAUUGAAAGUUGUGAAGGAGAAGCUGUUGCAAAUAAUAGAAAGGGCAAACUCAUAUUCUUUUAUGAGUGGGAUUUAACUUUAAGUUGGAAAGGGCAAUUAAGUGGUACUGCCAAAGAGAUAGAGGGCACAAUAAACAUACCAAAUUUAAGUGAAGAAAAUAGUGUAGCUGAAAUUGAGAUAAAUAUUUCAUUGAAAGAACCUUCUAAUGAAGCAACUAUAGUUAAAGAUUUUCUUUAUCACCAAGGGCGUAGUAAAAUCAGAGAUCAGCUAGAAAAAUAUAUAAAGGAUUUAAAAGAAGAAUUUUCAAAAGGCAUGAUUUUGCCCAAAAGAGAUAUUGACAAUUCUUCUAAACCAAAAUUAUUGUCAAAAGAAUCAUUGAAAAAUGUUCACAAUUCCGAAAACGGUGCAAAAGAUGAUAAUUCAAAAUCUAAAAUAGAUACUACUACUGUUGUAAUGGAUGUAGUAUUCCAGUGUUCUGGUGAAGAUUUUUACAAUGCGCUCACUACACCAGAGCUCGUAUCAGCUUUUACUCAACAAUCUGUAACAUUUCAAGCAAUUAAAGGUGGGAAAUUUCAAUUGUUUGAUGGAAAUAUUACUGGUGAAUUCAUAGAACUUUGUCCUGGCAAAAAAAUUGUUCAAAAUUGGAGAACUAAACAGUGGCCUGAUUGGUUAUACUCUACUGUUACUGUUACUAUUAAUCAACAAGAAGACCAUACUAAAGUUAGAGUUGCUCUUGUAGGAGUUCCCAAAAGUGAUGAAGCUAUUACUCGUCAAAAUUGGGAAAGGUACUACUUCACACCAAUUAAAAGAACAUUUGGAUACGGGAUGUUAUUAUGAGUCUGAACAAUUCAAUAAAUUCUUAAAUAUAGUUUUUUGUAUUUAUUUUUGAAUGUAAUAGCUUGUCUAUCAAAAAAGUAUGCACCUCUUAUGUGUCUAAUGAUAUUUGUUUCAUAUACCUUUCAUAGAUGUUCGGUACGUCAUUCUAAAUAAAUAUUUGUUUCAAUUUCUGUCACAUUAAUUCAAGUUAUUCAACAGAAUUAAAAAUAAUAAAAUAAAAAGCGGUUUUUAAUUCUAAA